AUAAAACCAAAACAAAACAUCUAUAUUUGGUAAAUAAUGUAAAUACAUAAUAAAACAGUGUUGCAUGUUGCAUCCCACUCCCGGCGUCCAUUUUACUAAAAAAAAGUCUUAGGUCGCGUCACUUCGAGUUCGGGUUGUUUACUAUUCGAGUUGGUUUGAGUCAUUCUAAUAGGCUUUGAAUACGAUUCUCAUAGAACCGGCCAGUGCAAGUGGUAAUGAGUUAAAACUACUGUGCAGUUUAAUAUUUAGUUUUGUUUGCCAGUUUUUGCAACAAAAUAAUGGGUGAUAAUCUAGAAAUUACGACACGGCCUCGGCAUCACCAUGUUUUCUACAAAUUCACAGCCAAUGCAAUCAACUUUGAAAUUAAAGCCCAGGGCAAUGCAGCCCUUGGAAUAUCUAAUAAACCAGAGCAGAACUGUGAAUUUUUGAUUGGUAUAGGUCACAACAACCAGACAUGGAUAAAGAAAGUUAGAGGGAGAGGAGUAUAUAGGGAAACUAUAGAUACUCCGAAUAUUUUGUCCGCCACAGAGUAUAGAAGAUUUUGGGUUUCAUGGUAUGGAGACAUUAUACGUUUGGGAGUGAAUGGUAAUAGCAAGCCUAUAGUAACAUUUAGCAGCAGGACCGCAGAAUUAAAAUAUGUUACUUUCUUAGCUCUUGAUGAUGUCAGGAACACUGUGCACUGGAGAAUUGAAGUGCCACCAUACAUAGAAAAAACAUAUGUUAUGCAACCUAUUUCCGGAGGUGACCCAUUUUGGGCGCGAUAUGAUCGCACACAUAACUUCCCAGACAAUGCUUACAUUGGUGGACAUGAAAAUGAAAACUUAUACAUAAUAAGGGCUGACCACAAUGGGUCAUUGACUCCAGGAAAGUAUAUGACCUCAAAAGGAAUGGGCUACAUUCCCUGGGGAGGAGAAGCUAAUUCUAAACUCACAUUUGAGGUGCUAUGUGGAUUUAAUUUUACUUGGUUGCCAUGCAAAAAUACUGAUGCUAUUCCCGUCGGAGCUGUAGUAGGUGGUUACUCAGAGGAUCCAGGAAAAGAGAAACUGUACAUUGGAAGAAGUAAAUAUUUAGAGCACUUAAUUCCGGGAAAAAUUCAACCAUCACACAAAGUCUGUUAUAUACCGUUUGAAGGACGAGAAAUAGGCUUAGACAAGUUUGAAAUACUGGUUGUGCCUGAUGACGGUAAGAGAUGUGUUAACAAGUUCCUGAUCCCUGGCGCACCAAUUGACCAUCGUUUUGUUUUUCGUGAAGAAGAACAGAUGAACAUGGACAUUGAACAUGCCGUCAAUUUUGAAGAGUAUGCUGGAUUUUUAAAUCCAGAAGUUGAUGGUUGAUGGCCAUAAGGGUAUUUGAUAUUACAAGUAAUGUAAUGUAGGUUUCUACUUAUAGUAAUUAAGGACAUAUUCGUAAAUAUUUUACCUUAUUGGUAUUUUUUACUUUUUUACUAUAAUAAGUAUAACGCCUUGCCCUUUACGUCAGGCAAUAAAUUCUACUCAAGCAACUAAGUGUGGACAGCUUAUCAAUAAAAAAAUAAAUAUUAUUCGUAAUAAUUA